GGCAAACGUAUAUAGGUUUUCGUUAAGCUGGACGAGAUUGUAUCCAAAAGGAAACGCUAGAGAAUUUAAUCCAGCCGGUAUCAACUAUUACAAUAAAUUAAUCGACACACUAAUAUUGAAUGGUAUUCAACCUUAUGUGAGUAUUUAAUAAAAAAUGUUUAAGUGGGUAUGUAAAAAUGUUAUGGAAAUACCUUAUACAGUAUUCAUGAAAACUAUGUUAUGACAUCUCGUUUUGUACGUUAUGUUUAUUCGAAAAAUACUGAAACACAUUAUCUCUAUUAUCACCAAACCUAAAGUAUUAAUCAUCCAAUUUACAAUCAACAUAGUAAAGUUUAUAAAAUAUUUAAAGUUUUUGUAAUCUUUAACUAUUACAUUAAGGUUACAAUCCACCAUUUCGACUUACCGAGACAUUUGCAAAUGAUCGGCGGUUGGUCAAACAGGGCUUUGAUAAUUUACUACAGAAUUUAUGCCGAUUUCGCUUUUAAAACGUUCGGGGACAGAGUGAGUAUAUUAUAAAAAAAUAACCGUUCUCGUUUUGGAUUUAUUAUUGUUUUUAAAUUUAUAAUUUUCAGGUUAAAUUGUGGACGACGAUUAAUGAGCCUACAGUGACAACCGAAGGGUACAGAUCGUUGAACGCCGCUCCAGCAUUUGGAAAUGAUAUGAGCGGAGUAGCCGAUUAUUUAGCUACGCAUAAUAUAAUUAUCGCACACGCCACAGUGUAUCGUCACUAUCAGAGAAAUUACAAAGACACUCAAAAAGGUAAAGCUUAAUAUGUGUACCGGUAAAAUAUAAAUACACCUGUAGUGAAAUUUGUUUAAUCAUUCAUAUAAUUUUUUUUGUUUUGGUUUAUUGUCUAGGAAAAAUUAGUGUCAAUGUAGCGGGAGAUUGGUACUUCCCGUUGAACGAAACCAAACAGGAAGACAAAAAUGCCGUUGCAGUAGCAUUAGCGUUCCAGGUAGUUUUUCUUUUACUACAGAAUUUCAUCACCUUUGCAUAAUUAUACUAGUUGAUUUCACAGAGUCUUUCCCGUAGACAUAACCCCGUAUAGCAGUAUUCCACACCAACCUCUGUCGCCGUCCUUUAUUCUUUAUUUACUUUAGUCUUUUUUAUAGGUGGGUCUUGACAAUUUAUUUCCAGUGACAAUGUAUGAGAAUUAUACAUUCAUAUCCGAUUAAAAGUUUCUUGAUUAUAGCCGUUUUCAUUUCUAGAAAAAAGGGUGAAAACGAUUAAUAUUCAAUAGAUGGGAAAUAUUACCGCGCAGAUUGUGAUUAUAAUCGCAUAACGUGUUGUUUUAUUGAAUUUUUAAUUGUUUUCACACAUAUUAUAAAGAAAUUAAAACGGCUCUAACUGAAAUAAGAAUACCUAAUUGUACUUUACGAUCAUUUGUAGUUAGUUUUUUUUUCUUUAUACAAUAUACUGUUUUGAUAUGUUAAUUUUGUUUUAAUAGGUUGGAGUUAUUCUUCAUCCGUUGACAUAUGGUGAUUACCCGGAAAAACUCAAAGAAAGAGUUCACCAAAACAGCGAUCGUCUAAAUAUCUCGAAUAUUCGUCUUCCGGAAUUUACACCCGAAGAAAAACAACUCAUUACAAGUACAUAAUAUACUUUAUGAUUAGGCAGUAUUAAGUUAGAUUAAUAUUGAUAUGCAUAAUAUGCUUGAUAAUACGGUAUAUUUAUAAAUUGUAUUCGAAAAAACCUUUAAAAGAUAAAAAGAAAAAUUUGAGUAAACCGGAGGUACCGGAGUUGUCGUAGAACAAUUGCAGAAGCAUGUAGGAAGUUUAGAACGUAGGAUACAUAAAGUAAUUUUAUUUAUGUCGAUAUGUAACGAUGAGCCGUUGCCAAUGAAAAACGAUUCCGUACGAAUUACGGUUAUACUACACAUAUUUUUCCAAUGUGCUGGUGUGCGUUAUUUUAUAAUUUUAAAAUUUGAAAGGUCAUGGUUUUUAUAAACUAGAACAGUAAAUAGNAGAAGUUCAGAAAGUAGGUUACAUAGAGUUAUUAUAUUUAUGUUUAUAUUUGACGAUAAACCGUUCCUAAUGAAAUACGAUUCUGAACGAAUUACGGUUUUACUUGUUUUAAUCCGUACAUUUUAGAAUUUCUGUUUUAAUUUGAUUUCAAAAGACUUAAGGAAAAAAUAAUGAAAGCAAAGCUCACUUGUUGUAGUCUUUUGAUUGGAACACAUAUCUUAGUAAAACCAAUACAUUACAUCCUCUGCCGUCAAGAUACUUACUGUAACAUUAUAAAACGUGUUUAGCUCAAUUUUUCAAAAACUACUUUUGAUUAGGUAUCUAGUCACCUAUUCUAUAUUAGGUGAUUUUGCUCAUUGGAACAUGAUAGGGCCUUGUAGGGCCGCAUAUUUUUCCAAUGUGCUGGUGUACUUUAUUUUAUAAUUUUCAAUUUGGAAACGUUAUGGUUUUCAUAAACUAGAACAAUACAAAGCUCCAAAGGCUUCGGGCUUCGUAAAGCAAUCGGUUGAUAUGGGCCGGGAUAAGCUUAAAAACUUUGGCCCAUGUGGAGCUCUAUACUCUGUCCAACUUAAGAGUAUUCCAGUUUACGUAUAAUUUGGUAAUUUGCUACUGCGGUCGUGUAUUCAUCGAGUUUUGAUAUCUAUUAUACCUAUUGCCAAAUAAAGAGUAAUAAACACGCAUACCAAUACUGUUUCAGUGAAAUUAAAAGGGAAGAUAGAAAAUCACAAUACUUAAAACGUAAAUUUUAGCGAUUAUUUAAAUUGAAAGAGAACGUUUGUGCGAGAAAAUACGUGUACGCGGUAGGGCCGUUAAAAGAAAAUGUUAUCGAUAUUUUGUUCUCUAUGGAUGUCGUAUAUCAUGUGUAUUGACCGUGGGGAGAUAAUUGUCGGGUGAGUGGGUGAAACAGUACCGGUAACCGGGAGUCGGAACACAUGCGCUAAAAUGAAAAUGUUUUCGUCCGCCGCCGGCUAUAGUCUUAGGUUUGACAGUGUAUAGUAUAUUAAGAGAUAUUUAUAUUACUCCUUUUUUAAUUUUGUAUUUUUCACGUACAGAUUCCUACGAUUUCAUUUCAUUAAAUCAUUAUAUGUCAUUUGAGGUGACUGAUUUGCCUGAAAACGAAAGGGAAGGAAAAAGCGUCAGUGAUCUUGACGCAAACAUACAGAAAAAUAUUAUAAAGAGCGAUGACGAAUUAAAAAAUAGAUCAUGGAUCAAGGUAAAAAUAGACUAAUAAUUACGGUAUAUAAAUGGAUAUUAUUAAUAUGGAUAGAUGAUAAGAUGAUAGAUAGAUAGUGUUUUACGAUACUACUUAUAAUUGAUAAAUCUUUGUGGUUAAGUUAGUACGCGACUCAUGUUGGUUGUCAGUAAUAAUAUUUUAUAACAAUAUUUUUAUCAUAAUUUGCAAGUUUUAUGCGUUUUAUAAGCCUGUAGGCAAAUUAUUUUACUAUUGUGUACUUUGAGUUGCAUCGGCUAAUUCGUCGAGAACAUGAAAUAUGACGGAUAUAUCUUUAACAUAAUACAUUUUAAGUUUUUGAAAUAAUGUCCGGAAGAGUUUUAUUUAUUUUUCAAUUUCAUUUAAAAUGUCUUCUUUGUUUUAAUAACGUUUUAUUACAUUUUCAGAGUGUACCGGAAGGAAUGAGUUCGAUUUUAAAAUGGAUCCAUGAAACAUACAAUCACCCGGAAAUUAUGAUUACCGAAAAUGGAUAUCCAGAACCGGGUGAUAUCGAUUUUUCCUUGAGGAAAUUAGACUACCAUUAUGUUCGUAAAAAAUUACAUUUUAAUAUGCUCGUUUUUAUAAUAUAAAAUGUAUAAAUGAAUAUAAUCGAUUACUUUGUAGGGCCAUCUCAAUCAUACACUCAUAGCAAUAAAUCAGUACAAUGUUAACGUCAUAGGAUAUUGCUCUUGGUCUUUGAUGGAUUCGCUGGAAUGGUUAAACGGUUACAGGUACCUAUGUGCUUACAAAUUUCUAUAUAAAUACUGCAGUAGGUUUUCGUCGGGGUCAUGGGAAUUUAUGUUUGUAUUUUUCAUUGUUCCAAUUAAACAUUGUUAAUUUGCAUUAAUUCAAUAAGUACCACAUACGUAUCAUCGUAAAUUAUAGUGGAUUAAUGCUGUGCGUUUAAUUUUAUUGAUUAAUUUCCGAUUUUGUGUUAAGCGAAAAAUGUAUUGGUUUUUAAAGAAUAUUAUUUUUAUUAUGUGAACACUUUCUAACCGAAAACCCACUCCGAUAUAUAAAAUAGACCCUAUUCUGAAAUUUCUGAAUUAGCUUGGGUGUUUUUUAUAGAGGUUAUUUUUCGAUUUUCACAGGAGUUUUACCAGAAAAUGUGAAAAAACUGGGAAUACCUUAAUAAUCGGCAAAAUCGGUACAAUAUUAAAUAAAUAGCAUAGAAAAAAAUAUGUAAUGCCUUUAAUAAUUUUACCAUAAUAUGACAAAUAUAUUUGGCAAUGCAUCACUAGUAACUGAACUCCCCUCCGAAUUGUUUUCUCGUAAGCAAUGGUUUAUCGUUAUUCACAGAUAUACAUUAAAUUUCCUUCAGUAUCCUACCUUCCUAAAUUCUCAUCAUUAACAGUAGCUGGACCAACCGUGCGAAGUAAUUCCAGCAUUUUAAUAAUUAAUUGUUUUUAUUUUUUUUAGUUUAAGAUAUGGAAUUUACCAUGUGGAUUUUAACGACGACAAUAGGCCGCGGACACAGAAGAAAUCGACUUUGUGGUUCAGAGAGGUGUACACAAAUCGCACACUGGUUCCACCUUUUCUAUCGAAUAGCAGCGGUGAAAAGUGUUAAUUUUAAUAAGUACUCAC